CAAUGGACUGCUAUGUAUACAUAGUCUAACGAAAGGACCGCUGCUUUGAAUGAGAAUCGAGAGAAAACAUGAACACCUAUUAGGUCGAUCUACGCUAAGAAUGGACCGAAGAUCAUCGCGCAACGAUUACGCCCCUGCAUGGGAAGACAGCGAAAUCAAUCUGAUGCCAGAAGACAAUGUAUCACCAUCAAGCUACACGAACAGCCAGGCCGCUGAUAUCCCCACGCCAUCCACAAAAACAGACAAGCGACCAUCAACGGCAAGCCUGCGUACACCGAGAAGCGGCAAGCGGACAUCAUCAUCUCUGAACACCCAAAACUUCGUUACGCUAUCCAUGCGAGCUCUCUAUUACUCAGUCGAACCAGCAACGGACCCGUCAAUGGAACCAAUCCCCGACGGACCAGCUAGUCCCAAGCCCCGCCGUUUCAGCAACCCGGGCACACGACUCGUUCUCGAUCCGAAUUUCCCGACGCCCCAACCCUCACCACAAGAGUAUCUUCUCAAGGUUCGGACGGGAGCGUUUUGUCACGACGAGAUACGUCUAUCAACGGAAUUGAACCCGCCAAAGACCACGCCACAGAUCCCACUGCACAGUAUCUGCGGGACGGUAUUCAGCACUCCAACGCAGGACCUUGAACGGCCCGAAGGAUCGAAGUUCAAGAUCGGGGAUACCGUCUGGGGUGUGACGAGUUAUACCCGUGACGGCGGUGCAGCUGACUAUGCCGUCGCCACGGAGUCAGAGCUUGCGCUUAAGCCCGCGAAUAUCGGUGCCCAGGAGGCUGCCGCAUUGGCAUUGCCUGGGUUAACGGCCUGGCAGGCGCUGUUCCGGUAUGCGGAAAUUGAUCCCGAUGCGUCUAUGAAUCGUAAUGAGAAUGGAAAGGAAAAGGAAAAUGAGACUGAAUACCUCAACGGAUACGGGAAUGGGAACCAUAAUGGAAAUGGUCAGAGAGGGAGUCCUUGGGCCAAUGGUAAUGGCAAUGGUGGUGGUAGUCAACGGCAGAGCAUGUUCAAAACGGACAUAUUUGGCGAGAACAACAAGCACGGCAAUGGUAGCAGCCAAGUGAACGAGAAUGGAAACGGUUAUCCAGGCGACUAUGCUGGAAAGAAAAGCAUCUUUGCCAAUGGGUAUGGCAACAGCAGAAGCAACGGCAAUGGCAACGGCAACGGUCAUACUUGGCUGAGGAAGAGCGUGGAUGGAAUCAACAACCUCGUGAGGACCGCAAGUACGAUUACCGGUGCAAGCAGAAGUACAAAUGGCAAUGGCAAUGGCAAUGGACACGAAUACGGCUACGGCAGACGCCGUAGUAGUUGGCGAAGAGGAAGCGGACUACUAAGAAGAAAACGAGGCUCGGCGAUGCAACUACGCGUGUUGAUCACCAACGCCCGAGACAGCGAAGUCGGUCGAAUCGCCGUGCAGCUACUUCGGGCAGAGAAGCUCUUCACGUUACCCGAGCGGCCAUGGAUUUGUGUGACCUGCACACCCAUAGAAGCAGAUAUUGUGCGUGCGAGGUGGGACGUUGACGAGGUCGUCGUUCUCCCCAAUAUCCCUGACUAUGACGAGUGCGACUUGGGGAAGGUAUUUCGAGCCCAGCGGUGGGAACCCGUUGAUGUGGUCUUGGAUUGCGCUGGAGGGGCUGUCUUCCAACAGGCUCAUUCACCUGCAGUUGUUCAAGAUGGAGGAGCAGUUUUGACGGCUGUUGAUCCCUGGCCGGCGAAGCACCCGGAGGUUUCUGACCGUCUGGAUACCCUCGGCCGAAGAAAGCGCGGAAUCAAGACGAUGUUUGUGCCUGUGAAUCCCGAUGCAAGCUCGCUGGCCGGCAUUGUAGAGCUCGUCGAGAGCAAUAUGGUCCGAGGGAGGCCCGAGCAGGUCACAGAUCUCAUGCAUGCGGACUGGUUGUUGAAGGACCAUGCCGUGGCGGCUGGUGCUGCUCGCCGAGGAGUGAUGAUGGUGGUUCGCGUCAAUUGA